AUGGAAGCGCACAAGGCGGACUACGGCGCUGAGGAUGGCAACGAUACGUCCGGCGUUACUCAAGAAGGACUGCAAGAAGAUGCAAAAGUGCUUCAGGAAGACUUCCCCGCUCCCGCCCCUGAUGACACUGAUACAUGGUCAGCAAUGACUGAUGUUGCUCUCCGCCAUAUAUCUCGCGUGUCUUCAUUGUUCAUGCACCCGCAGGAUCUGGAGAGCGCGGAGCUCACCUGGCCCGAGGACUUGUCUCGACACGAGCCUACAGCAGAAGUGCUCACACCUACAUAUCGCGUCGUUCUUGUCAAUCAAGACGCACACAUACCGACGCACGCCCGUCAUCCGAAUACUGCACCUUACAUCUUGCAAGCGAUCUCCGACCUUUACCCAGCCCUCGCCAAACGUCCGUCCAGCAGAUACACUCCCUAUGCCCGCAUAUGGAGGUGUCCUUACGAUGGAUGCGGCUACUUUGAAGAUCUUGCACGUUUGUCCCACGCGGCUGGGGAAGCUGUCUGCCGUGUAGCAGCCACGGCUGUCGACUCAUACUUUCUCACAAACGACCUCGCCUCGGACUACAUAAAACUCGUCGAGGGGAGAUACUGUGCGCGUCGAGAGUUCAUCAAAAACGUCGUCGACAUCAUCGGUCUACGCCAUUACGAAUCGCAUCUAUCUCAGGCUGGUCUCCGGUGCUCAAUUCGCGGGCAACGUCCGUCCGGCUACUUAUCUUUCAUGUGGGAGCAUGCAGACAUGGACGCCAUGCUCCAGUCAAAUUCGGUCGAGGGUGUUCAAGCGCGCCGGCACGAGGAGGCGGCCCGAAAACGCUUCCAGUUGGCCUUGCGCGCGCAGGCUCGCUGUUGGGCCCAUGAGACUCGCUUUUGGGAAAUGGGGGGGUUGACAGCAGAACGCCAGAGUGCUCGCUCGUUGCAACACGCUUUCGUCAAGACGCUCGACUUAUCACAUGUCUUGACGGAUGGCGGCCGCCAUUUCAGCCAGCUUCGGGAGCUAGAGCCGCGUCGCUCCCUCGCCGUUCUUGCUGCAGGUCGCAAGCUUCACGACGAUGUUUAUGGCGCUGCAGCUGAGCGCGAGACCGUGAACACCGCGAUUACGAGUCGUCUGCUGCUUGCAAAUGAGGAAAUCGAGAGCUGGGAACGCGGAGAUGGUUUAUUUUUGACGUUAGACCGCGGAGAUAGCCCCGAACUGUACAUUCACUAA